AUGUCGCCCGCAAUCGUCAUUACCAUCAGUCUCGUGCUCAUUCUGGCGAUCAAUUUGAUGAGUGUGCGCUGGUUUGGCGAGUCGGAAGUUGUUGCUGGUUCGAUCAAGGUCGCGUGUUUCCUUGGUCUCAUUCUUGUUUCCAUUGUCAUAACGUCUGGAGGCGCACCAAACAACGAGACCAUUGGCUUCCGAUAUUGGAACAAUCCGGGUGCCUGGGUGGAUUACAACGGAAUCUCUGGGUCGACAGGUCACUUUCUGGGAUUUCUGGCUGCGUUCGUAAACGCAUCGUUCUCCUUCAUUGGUGUCGAGGUCGUGGUCAUUACGGCGGCCGAGAGCAUCAACCCGCACGUCGCAAUUCCGCUGUCAGCCAAACGAGUCACAUACCGCAUCGCGCUGUUCUACAUCCUCGGUGCUCUUCUCAUCGGCCUCAUCGUCGACCCCAGGAAUCCAGGCCUUGUGUCAGGCACCGGAAACGCCAACUCCUCGCCCUGGGUCAUCGCCAUCAAAGAGGCCGGCAUAACCGCCCUUCCCUCCAUCGUAAACGCCUGUAUCCUGAUCUCUGCCUGGUCAGCGGGUAAUUCCUACUGCUGGGUCGGAUCACGAAUAAUCGUCGCAAUGACCACCGACCGGCAGCUCCCCCAAAUCUUCGGCCGAACCUGGUCGAACGGUGUACCAUACUAUGCCGUGCUAGCUUCAUGGCUCUUUGGCCCUCUCGCAUAUCUCAGCCUGGGAUCUGGCGGCGCCGCACAAGCAUUCGGAUGGCUGGUGAGCCUCAGCACCGUCGCCGGGCUGAUUGCGUGGGCGACAUUGUGUUUCUGCUACAUUCGCUUCCACGCCGCCAUGAAAGCGCAAGGACUCAGUCGCGAUAGCUUACCGUGGAAGAGCCCGUUCCAACCCUUCAGUGCGUGGUAUGGGUUUGUCGGAUCGACUAUCAUUGUCUUUAUUACAGGAUUUCCGGUCUUCUUGAAAGGGAACUGGAGCACGGGUGAUUUCAUCGCGUCGUAUAUUGGCAUUCCGCUUUUCAUCGUUCCGAUUGUUAUUUGGAAGUUGGUGUAUAAGACGAAGUUUGCUCGUGCUAAGACCAUUGAUCUACACUCUGGACGCCUUCACAGCUCAUAAGCUGCGUUGUCCGAAACCAGGUGCUCGUGGAGAGCAGGAAUAAAUGUCACAUUCGCAGUGAUUGACGAGAGAAAAGAGAUUUUGGCAGCAUGGAUGCACUCGUCAAAUGAUGGUGUAUGCUUGCUGAAUAUCGCAGUACGCGACUUGCUUCUGGACGAGGCAACUGUCAUGACUUGAUUGCGGCAUCGUUCUAAUUUCGUCGGCCAUAGCUCAUUCAAAAGAGGUUUCGAGUAGUAGUACUUAAUACGAAUGGCCCGAGAUGGAGUUGUGAUGCACAUUGAGCAUGGGAUGAAGACCAACGGAGUUUCUUCCUGGAUGAUGGUUUACUGGUGGACCGUGUCCCAGUCACGUGUCAAGGCUUUGCCUCUGCUGGCCCCUGACAGCUGCCACUGCCAACUGUCAGACCACGACACGAGCAACCCACCAGAGACGCACCGAUAGAAGCAAUCAAUCGCUCUAGAUCUCAAAACGCUGCGCAAGUUCGGAGAUAGCCCCGCCAAAGUGCGGAAUCCUUCCAACCUUCGUUUCUGGUGCGUUUUGUCUCACAACAGCCUCAGGUGUGCUUCAGCCUCAGGUUUACCGAAGUCUCUGCAUGCCUCACAACUUCCAACGUCUCACGUAGCCACAAUGCGGCACCGUUUGAGCAUUGAUCAGCACUAAUGCAAAAUCUUAUGCAUUUGUUCUGA